CGGGGAGAGGCCCGCGGAGGGGAGGCCGUGCGCGGCGUGGACGCGGUGACGUUGGCGGGGCUCGGACGCUCUGCCCAAGAUGGCGCCGUGCAGGGAGUGGGGGUCUUAUCGCCCUUAGCGGCUCCGUCGUCCCGGGCGGCUUCUGUGCGUGUUCGAGGCGUUCUGGAGCUGCUACCUGAAAAUCUACCCUUUGAAAACUUAUCAAGCAGGAUCCAUUCUACUUCAAUAAAUGAAGGAGAAUAAAGAAAAUUCCAGCCCAUCUGUAAAUUUGGCAAACCUGGACCACACAAAACCAUGUUGGUACUGGGAUAAAAAAGACUUGGCGCAUACACCAUCACAGCUAGAAGGCCUUGAUCCAGCUACUGAAGCACGAUACCGGCGAGAAGGGGCCCGGUUCAUAUUUGAUGUGGGAACACGUCUUGGGUUACACUAUGACACUUUGGCAACUGGAAUAAUAUAUUUUCAUCGGUUUUAUAUGUUUCAUUCCUUCAAGCAGUUCCCAAGAUAUGUGACUGGAGCCUGCUGUCUCUUCCUGGCAGGAAAAGUUGAGGAAACACCUAAAAAAUGUAAAGAUAUAAUCAAAACUGCUCGUAGUUUAUUAAAUGAUGUACAAUUUGGACAGUUUGGAGAUGACCCAAAGGAAGAAGUGAUGGUUCUAGAAAGAAUCUUGCUACAGACUAUAAAGUUUGAUUUACAAGUGGAACAUCCUUAUCAGUUCCUUCUCAAGUAUGCCAAACAACUCAAAGGAGAUAAAAACAAAAUCCAGAAACUGGUUCAGAUGGCAUGGACAUUUGUAAAUGACAGUCUCUGCACUACUUUGUCACUGCAGUGGGAACCUGAGAUCAUAGCUGUUGCAGUUAUGUAUCUGGCAGGCCGUUUAUGCAAGUUUGAAAUUCAGGAGUGGACAUCAAAGCCAAUGUACAGAAGAUGGUGGGAGCAGUUUGUUCAAGAUGUACCUGUUGAUGUUCUGGAAGACAUCUGUCACCAGAUCCUGGAUCUAUACUCACAGGGGAAACAGCAAAUGCCUCAUCAUACACCACACCAACUGCAACAGCCACCAUCCCUUCAAUCUACACCUCAGGUGCCUGCAAUACAGCCAGCACAGCAAUCUCAGAGUUCUGAGCAAUCACAGACACAGCAAAAGGAGUCCCAACAGUCAGCACAGCAGCAGCAGCAGCAGCAACAGACACAAGCACAGCAAUCUAAAAAGCCUUCUCCCCAGUCAAGUCCUCCCAGGCAGGCUAAAAGACCAGCGCCUGUGUCCCCAAAGGAAGAAGCUAAGGCAUCAGAACCUCCACCACCAUCUAAAAUUCCUAAAAUUGAGACCUCUCAUCCACCAAUACCCCCUGUGCAUCCACCUCCAGAACGCAAACCACCUCUAACAACUGCGGUUUCAAUGGGAGAAGCAGAGCAAACUACUACAGUGGACUCUGUAGACAUGCCAAAGGUCCAGAUUCCUCCUCCAGCUCAUCCUGCACCAGUACAUCAGCCACCACCUCUGCCUCAUCGCCCACCACCACCACCGCCCACCAGCUACAUAACAGGGAUGUCGACUACAAAUUCAUAUAUGUCAGGGGAGGGUUAUCAAAGUCUUCAGUCAAUGAUGAAAGCAGAAGGACCAACUUAUGGAGCUUUGCCACCAGCCUAUGGACCACCAACUCAUUUACCGUACCAUCCUCAUGUGUAUCCUCCUAACCCUCCACCACCUGUUCCACCCCCACCAACAUCAUUCCCACCACCCAAUCUCCCACCUCCUACUCCUGGGUACCCUCCUCCACCUACAUACAAUCCUAACUUCCCUCCUCCACGACUGCCUCCAACUCAUGCAGUUCCACCUCAUCCACCACCUCCAGGGCUAGGAAUGCCACCAGCUAGUUAUCCCCCUCCUGCGGUUCCUCCUGGUGGACAACCACCAGUGCCACCUCCAAUACCACCACCUGGUAUGCCUCCUGUAGCAGGACUUGGACGUGCUACGUGGAUGAGAUAGCAUGAGAGACUUGCGUACAAAUCCUUUAACUUGGAAGAAUAAUUAAGAGGCUGAAUAGUUAAGAAGCGACCAUAUCGUGAAAAUAAAUAGGAGGGCAAUUUGUAUAAUCUAGCUUCUGAAACAAUACGAGAACAUUAUGGAACAUGGAAUCUUAGUUUAUCUAUUUUCAGUAUUGUUAAUGGUGAGAUUAUAGGCUUUUAGUAUAGGUAUUGCAAAGCAAAUUAAAAUCCAACUUUAUACAUUUAGUUUAAACUUGAGUUUUCUGAGUUAUUCCAGCAUUGGAUUACUUCAUACUAGGAACAAUGUUAACCAGCCAUAUUGGCUCAAUUAUAUCAAUAAGUAAAUUUCCUUCUAGAAAUCAGUGCCUACUUUUUGAGUAUAAAAAUAGUCAGAUACCUUAAUUUUCCACCUAGAGUGAGAAACUUCAUUUUCACUGAGCAGUUCUCCUAAUUAAAUAUUAAGUGUCACUGGAGAGUUACUUUAUUUUAAAUACAUGUUUCCAACCACUAGCUGACUAAAAUCAUUUUGAGGUCUUUGCCUUGCUGAUAUUUUUUGUUUUGGAAUGUACUGGUAUCUUGAAAAGCAAUGUAUGUUUACAGCUAUUAACAAAUUCCUGUACAUAAAUAUAUAUAUUUUCUAAGUGUGGAAGGUAUGAAUGUAACAUACUGUGAUUUACACCUUGGUUAUGAGCGGGACUACUUCAUUUACCCAAAUAAAAUUGGUUCUGAAUUUA